AUGCGCGUCUUACCCUACACGCUUAGCCGCUCUCUCUCUGUGUGUGUGUGUAAGUGUGAGUGUGUGUGAGUGUGUGUGUGGGUGAGUGUGAGAGAGUGUGUGAGUGUGUGUGUAAGUGAAUGGGGUCGAGGUGGCAGCUACAGGACCAAAACACACUCCGUUAAACCCUCGGUCACGUCACGGACGUUAAAACAACACAAAGCUUUAGAGACAUCGUUGUUUUGUGCUUUGUUUGUUUCUUGGCUUUGACGAUCUGAUAAUCAAACCGAAAGUCAAGCAUCUUACACCUCGACAUUUCCUGUGCAUGAAUGUUACGGAUAAUGAGAUCCUACAGAGUCAUGACUCAGACCUCAGCCCAUGGUUACAGUCAGCUGACCUUGACCUUUGCCCUUACCCUGUUCCUUGGCUUGGUAUGUUGGCCCUCGGGAGAGGUCAGAGGUCAGACUGCGCUCCGUCCUGCCGUGAUCCUGCAGGAUCUGCUGAGCCGAUAUGGAGAAAACGGGACCAUCUCGGUGUCGCAGCUCCGGUCGCUGCUCGCUCACCUCGGACAGGAGCAGAGCGGAGAGAAGACGCCGCACACGACGCCGCCGAAGACGCCGCCGACGAUAACGAAGACAACUAACAACAACACGUGUUUACCCACAGACACUUUGGCGGCGCACGGUCUGAGUGAGAAGUCCCGUUUGGAUGCGCCGGGCCUGCAGGAGUUCUGCCCUACCAUGCUGCAGCAACUGGACUCUCGAGCGUGUCACGAUGAACAGAACCAAGAACCAGAACCGAGCGCCAAACCGUCCAACGCUGAAGUGUGGGGUUACGGGUUCGUGUGUGUUACGGUCAUCUCGCUGUGUUCGCUGCUCGGUGCCAGCGUGGUGCCGUUCAUGAGGAAAACCUUUUACAAACGACUGCUGCUCUACUUCAUAGCUCUGGCCAUCGGCACGCUUUAUUCCAACGCGCUCUUUCAGCUCAUCCCUGAGGCUUUUGGUUUCGACCCCAUGGAAGCGUACUACGUGUCCAAAUCGGCCGUCGUCUUCGGAGGCUUCUAUCUGUUCUUCUUUACGGAGAAAGUCCUCAAGAUGAUCCUCAAACCUAAACGCAGGGAAGGACAUGGGCACAGUCAUUUUCCUGUGGGAAACGGUGAUAUGGAGGACGGAGUGAUGGAGAAGCUGCAGAACGGAGAGGCAGGAGGAGCCGUGUCCUUGCCUCAGGUGGACGGAGAGAUCAGAGAGGAUGACAAAAUGCUGAGCGCCGGACAAACGGCACAGGACACUCAGGGGGGGUGUUAUUGGUUGAAGGGUCGAGCGUAUUCCGACAUUGGCACCCUGGCGUGGAUGAUCACUCUCAGUGACGGACUCCAUAACUUUAUAGACGGUUUGGCCAUCGGAGCAUCGUUCACUGCUUCAGUUUUCCAGGGCAUUAGCACAUCAGUGGCCAUCCUGUGUGAGGAGUUUCCUCAUGAACUGGGGGACUUUGUGAUCCUGCUGAACGCCGGGAUGAGCAUCCAGCAGGCUCUGUUCUUUAACUUCCUGUCAGCCUGCUGCUGUUAUCUGGGAAUGGGAUUCGGGAUUCUGGCAGGAAACCAGUUCUCGCCGAACUGGAUCUUCGCUCUGGCCGGAGGAAUGUUCCUCUACAUCGCCCUGGCUGACAUGUUUCCAGAGAUGAAUGAAGUGAGUCGUGAGGAAGAGGAAGCUGGAGGAAGCGCACACCUCGUGACCUUCGCCAUCCAGAACGCCGGCCUGCUCACCGGUUUUGCCAUCAUGCUCCUCCUGACUGUUUAUUCAGGACAGAUACAGCUCGGAUAGCACCGAAAACGAUAGACCCGACUUCACCUUUUAACCUUUAACCCCUCCCUCAAUUUCAGGUUCUACCCAAUGAGAAGUGAGUGCAGGACUCGGAUAUGAGCUCCGAGCCUCUGGUUAACUGUGCAAUGUUGAAGGAACUCUGAGGAGCUGCUGAUAGGCUUAAGAAGGAAAAACAAACUCUCUUUGAGCCAAUCCAGAUGCAAAAUUACAAUUUUAACUGACGUACAAUAUGCAUUUGUGAUUUUUUUUUCUCUUUUUGUUUUUUCUUCUUUAGUUAUUGUCUGUUGUCUUUCACCAUAAUGGUCCAGUUUGAGGAGAACACUUUGAUCAUCUAAUCUUCUAGUCUUCACUCGAUCUGCUUCAGCUCCAUGUUUAGUCAGUCAUGUUUAAAGCUUGAUGUUUUGGUUCAAUGCUUCAUUUGAAAAGUAUUUGAAGUUUGCUGAUGGUUUGACGUUUGUAGACUAGCUCUCUAUCGUAAGGUAACCGUUUCAUCCACAGCUCCUGAUAAAAACACUGAUAUAAAACACGUUUUGCACCAGAUAAUUAAAGGUUGUGUCCUUAUACUCUUUAAUCUCACCCCUUGUUGUGUUCCCCUGACAAGUCGGAGAUGCCCUCAGACAAUUCGAAAGAGAAUCUCGCAGUUAAACUGGUUUCUACAGUGUUCAUGUUGGCUUCUAUAUGUUCUAAAAACACUGAAGAAUUCCAAAUAAAUAUGAUCUUUGCUAUUUCUUGUUAGCCUGCUAGCUAGAGUUAUAACUUCAAAUCCUCUCAAAUCCUGACACUAGUUUAUUUUAUCCUGCUAGCUAGAGUUAUGACUUUAAAUAUGACUAAAUUAUCUUGGAUAUCCUGUCAGAUUUACUCAUGUUAAUCAAUUAGCUAGCAUUAGCAGAUAAUCAUUUGUGGACUAAAUCCGUCGCUGUCAUCCGCUGAUGCUAGACAGUUAACAAGAAAGCAAUCUUUUAUGAAUAAGACUUAAAUCUUCUCAGGAUAGCUUAUGUUAAGAUGCUUACUAGCUGACCUUUUAUGAUUAAGCAAAAUUUUCCCGCUAAAUAAUGUGUUUAAAAAUUCUUCAGAAUCAAAUCAGAAAUCCUGUCAGCUUAGCUGUAUUAGCAAGUUGCUAUCGGUAUCGAUUAAAUGUAGGUAAGCACAUGGUAAUCUGCUCAUUAGCCACUUGCAUUAACAAAAGAACAAAUUACAUAUAAGCAUAACUCCUGUCAAGAAGAAGCUUCUAAGUAAAGUUUAAAAUCCUCUUUAAAUACUUAAAAUCUUCUCUGAAAUUCUGUCAGUAGUUGAUGUUUCCUGUCUAGUUAUAGUGUUAUGAUUUUAAAUCCUGUCUGGCCGGCUCACGUUAACCUGCUCACUUACCAAAUAUACUUUUAAAUAGAAAUAGUAGUUUAACUCCUGUCAGAAAUCUUGUCUUAACAUUCAGUUCUCUAUGUAGCCAGUGUUAUGAUUAAAAAUUCUGUCAGGUUAGUCCAUGCUAGUUGGCUAACAGAUGUACAUCCUUGAAUAUGACUUAAAAUCUGUCAUUAAUUACUAUUCUCCUUCUAGCUAGUGUAAUUAUUUAAAAUCCUGUCAGGUUAGCCUGCUCACUAGCCAGCUAGAUUUACCAGAUAAACGUUGCUAACUCAUGAAAGGAUUUCCGACAGAAGUUAAACUUGGACUAGUAAAAGUUCUACAUGUAGGUAGUACUACAAUUUAAAAUCCUGUUAGCUUAUGUUAGCUAGCUAGCUAGCAGAUAAACGUUCCUGAAUAUGACUUGAGAUCCUGUCAUUAGUUAACAUUCCCUGACUAGCUAGAGUUACAACUAAAAAAACUCUGUCAGGCUCGCACAUGUUAGCUGGCUAAUUCCAGCGAAAGCACAAAAAGACUGAAACGACAGGGAUUUGGACAUUUUCUCCGAGGUUUCAAAGUUAUGGGAAAACAACAAGAGGUGUUUAUUAAAUACUGAUUUGUACAGUGGUGAAGUUUUUAAAAAAAAACAAAAUAUCCCCUGAAGAAUUCUCCUGAACACUUCAUAUUCUACUUUCUUCUUAUUCGAUCUUUUCAUCAGACGCUAGUUAUCGUCUCCACGCUCAUACUAAUGAUGCAGUUGGAAUUGGUCACAUUCUCAUACUACUGUAGCAAUGCAAACAAGCUAAAUUAUCACUUAGCUUAGCUUAGCUUAGCUUGUGUGGGCUGCCGUUUUCUCCCAAACAUCAUUCCAGAGUAUCAAACAUCACCAUCAUCAUUGUGGUUUAGUUAAAGUGCAGGCACUAUUGUGUGGCAAUGUUUAUGUUUAUUUCUUAUUGUAUUAUUUCUCAGAGAAUCACAAAAUCGUGUCUAGUCGACCAAAUAAGAGCCUUUAUUUUACGUUUGCUCCUUUUGUUCCUAUCUAAGAUCUAAAAUUUGUUUUGUGGUUUUGCUUGUUUAGUGUUUUUUUUUCUUUUGAUUUUGUGGUUUGGUGUGUUGUUGUGUCUUUGUAUGAAGCGGUUCUCAUGUCUCAUGUUUUAUAUUUAUUUAAAAUCUGCUGUAUGUAUUAUGUGAUACACCGGAGUGUGUCUGCGUUCCUGUAAUAUAAUACAGUAGCACUUUACGUUAUGGUUCCUUAAACGGAUAACGUUUAGCUAACCGCAAACCUGAGCGUUAUUACAUCAUGAAUCAUGCUAACUGACGGGAAAUGCCACAAUUAGGCAUUUUUAAAAUAGUCGAGUGAAAACAUGGUGUCCUUUUGCGAUUGAGCUGUUGCUAUAGAAACGAUAACCUGCGAUUUGAUUUACCGAUGUAAAUACAAUCAACUGACCAAUCAAAAUCGAGAGUUCAGAAGAUUCGUUUGGAUUUUUGACAUUACGUAAAGUUAAACUUCUUGCUGAGGUUUAGAAUUGAACAUCACACAGAACCUUAAAGUAAAGGGAACUUGUGGAAGUGUUAAGGAUUUGGUUCAGGGUCUGCAUCAAUGGGUCAUCAGGGGUCUUUUUUUUUUUUUUUUAGAUUUUGAGUCUAAUUUUAUAGACACUUUGUUUAAGAUCUGUCUUCCAAGUGAAUUUUUCUAAAUUUGAUUCAAAAAGGGAAUCAUAGUGAGAUCAUCACAAGUGUAGACACGAUAUUAUAGUUCUGUUUGAAAGGGAACCGACUCAGUGAGAUCACCUACAGUGACGUAUCUGAUUAAAAAGUUUAAUCUGUGCAGAAACGUUAGCUAUAAACAGGUCAAGUAACUAAUACACUAGUCCAUAUUUGACCCUGAGCUUUCAUUUACAUUGACACACUUUCACGACAGUAUUUUGCUUCUGUUCUCUCUUUUUUUUUUUUUUUCCAGUGCAUUGAAUUUCAUCUCUGGAAUAUAUAUUAUUAUUAUUAUUUUUUUACUCACUAGUGGACCUGAGUUAACUGGAUCAGCUUGUUUUUCACCGAGACAAAAAGUCCAUCCUUCAUCAUCAAAAAGUACAUCCGUGCUAUCGAACGUAAAGAAGAUUAGCGCAUUACGGAAACCGUGUCCGGUAAUUCUGUUCUUUACGUGGUGUCCGAUGACUGUGACAGUUUGGGUGCAGGAAAACAUUGAAGCUGUGGGAUAAAUUAGAUUUUUAUUCAUUUGUAGUUUAGGAGAUUAAAUUAAAUUGGGUGAAGCGAUUUCACAGGAUGUGUCUUGAUCUUCCAACUGAAUGUUUUGUUUUAGUUGGUGACAUUUUGAGUCCGUAUACGAACACCCACGGAUGGAUGUGUUUGUUUGUUUGUGAUAGAUUUCCAUUUUUUUGUGUCGUUUAAUCAUGUUUGAGCAUCAAGUGGUUGACAAACUUUUUUUUUUUUUACCUGUUGGUUUCAAGCCAUCAAUACAGUAGAAUGAAAAAACAUUUCAAUGCAAAAGUGUAAAUGAUUGUUUUUACGUGAUUCCAGGCUGAUUGAACUUCAGGCAAGGUUUGUUCGACUUAAACAAUCCUUAUACCUCGUGAUUAGAUGUUAAUUUAGGGGGCAUGUGGUGGCUCAAGUGAAAGCUCUGGAUUGUUGAUCGGGGUUUUCGGGCCCCAGCACUGCCAAGCUGCCACUGUUGGGCCCUUGAGCAAGGCCCUUAACCCUCUCUGCUCCAAUGACGCUGUAUCAUGACUGACCCUGCGCCCUGACAACCUCCAAAGUUGGGAUAGAAUUUCACUGUGUUGUAAUGUUUAUGUGAUAAAUAAAGGCUUCUAUCAGUUACAGCUGAAUUAUUUCUAAAGCCCAGUAUACCAGUGUGCUUUGCUUUAGAAGAAAAGCAGAUUUCUUGCCUUGACACUGUAGACUUUUGAAUCAUUUGUGGCUUAUUCGGACCUCGUUGUUGCUGUAAGGAAUGUCACGGUGCUUGCUUUCAUCUUGACAUUCCUAUUAAAGGAGCAGUUUGCAACUCUUUGAGGUUGAUUUGCAAUUCUAGUAAAACUUUUCUAAGCCAUGCCCCCAGCUGACCCCUCUGUUAAAUCUUCAUUUGACUUUUAAGCAAAGAAUUUUUAAUCAAUCAAAUGCACUUGUGGAUGCUGGUGGGGGCAGAGAUCAUUUCUGGGCCAGAAAGACUGAAAUAAAGAAACUAGCAAGAACUUGUUACA